AUGUAUAUAUUGCCGAAACAACAAAACAACUUUUACUCUCCAUUAAGUAUAACGACUUCAUUAACCAUACUAUUGAAGGGAUCAAAUGGUGUCACCAAAGAAGAGCUCAAGAAUGUGUUGAAUAUCAAGGAUAAUACGAAUAUCACUUCAUUAGAAGCGAGUCUUAAGAGACAAUUGGCGUUAAUUGAGGAGCAAAUUGAAAACGAAGUGAACAUACGUUUAGCUAAUCGUAUAAUCAUAUCAAACAAAAAUCCAUUAUUAAAAGAGUUUGAAGAUUUCGCAUACAAUAUAUCGAACACUGAUUUAAAAUUUGUAAAUAUAAGAAAUUCUGAGUUUAUUAACGAAGAAAAUAAUAACUGGAUUAAAGGGGAAUCAAAUGGUGUAUUUGAUAGAGUGUUUGACAGCGAAUUAAGUGACAAUACAUCACUCGCUUUGGCUAAUAGUGUAUACUUUGAGGCCUUUUGGAAGAAUGCAUUCACACAGAAAUACACCACAAGAGAGGAGUUCUUCGGCGACUCUCUCACAGAAGUGGAGACAAUGAAAAUGUGGCGAAAAUUCAAAUAUGUGUUCAGUCCUCAGUUGAAUGCAUCGUUAUUACCUGACAAUAGGAAAGGACUGAACACAAUGUGCGAUAAAUUGGAUAUGAAAUCAUUGAACGCUUUAUUGAAUCAAUUGGACGACUCGAGCGAAAGACAUCUGGUUCUGUCAUUACCCAAGUUUACUAUUAAAACAGAAUACGAUUUAGAGGACGGAUUCAAGAGAUUGGGCCUCAAAUCAGUGUUCAACUCUUCUGCCGACUUGUCCAGCAUUAAUGGCGACAAAAAAUUACAUUUAUCUCAAGUCAUACAUAAGGCCUUCGUUGAGAUCAAAGAGGAAGGCAUUCAAUCAUCAGAAUUAUCGGAACUGUUAUACAUUCCGGCCGUCAAUCCAUUUGUCCGACACAUUCCCGUCAAAGUCAACAAACCCUUCCUAUUCAUCAUAAGAGACAAUAAUUCAGAUCUGAUUUUAAUGUUGGGUCAGUUGCGGGUCCUUUGA